UGCUCACCCUUGUCGAUCCUCGUUUGUCAUCUCCAAACUCGAUCUUUUCGUUAUCUGACUACGAGUAAGUCUUGCUUCGGUCUCCAUAGUUCGCGCUCUCAGCUGACGGUUUAGGCUUCUUCCGGAGGCGGUCCUUGAGAGCAUGGAUACUCAAGCUAAGCUUGCAGUCGUCGUCAAGGUGAUGGGUCGUACCGGAUCCAGAGGUCAAGUGACUCAGGUCAGGGUCAAGUUCUUGGAUGAUCAAAAUCGUCUCAUCAUGAGGAACGUGAAAGGUCCAGUAAGGGAAGGUGACAUCCUCACUCUCCUCGAGUCCGAAAGGGAAGCGAGGAGGUUGCGCUGAUCGGAGUCCCUCGGUGAAUCCUGCAUGGAUGUGCACAUGAACAUGAUGCAGUUUUGUGGUAGAUUAGUUAUUUGCCCAAUUGUGGCACUUUGGUGUGGUUUGUGAUACCAUUGCUAGCUUGACCAACUGCCACAACUAUCACUUUUAUUGAACUCUUGGAAUCAUUUUGUUUGGUGCUUAUUAAGUUGAAAAUGUGGUACUUGUGUC